AUGAUUUCAUCUUAAAAUUUCGAAAGUGACCCAUAUACAUUAAUCACUACUAAAAGAUAAAUAUUUAGUUCUGAAAAUGAAUCUAAUUUACAUAGGAUAAAUAAAUAGCAUUCCUUAGCAGAUUAAGGUGACAACUUAAGUUAAGAAAAGUAAUUAUUUUCAAUAUAUAAAAAAAGCAAAAAUAUAAACUUUAUUGAGUUAAUUUAAUCUAGAAGUUCUAUGAUUCCAACCGUUAAAGUUUUAACACCUAGAAAUGACUAGAUUUUGUAAAAUGAAGAUGGAUUUUAUAUGUAAUCUAGCAUGCAUUUCAAUAAUGAAGGGUAAUAUAUUUUUUUUAAUUGAGAGUUUGAAUAAAAUUUGGUUGAAGGGAGGAUUAAAAAUUAUAAAAUAUGUUGCUAGAUUCAUAUAUUAACUCAAAACAAAAGCAGACAAAUUAAAAAUUAAGUUGAUGAAUAAUGAGAUUUUUCUGAAAUUAGGUGAUAAAAGUAGUGAUUUUUAAAAUUUUAAGAAAGGUAAUCAAAAAUAAAAAUUAAAUGGUUUAAUAUGUCAAUUAUUUAAUAAGAUAAUUUUUUAAACUCUUACAUUAUGGAAUUUUUUUAGUUAAAGUUUAAAUAAAAUAGCAAUAAUAUAUCCUGAAAGUACAUUUAAAAUUAUUUGGGAUACAGUAGUAGUUUGCUUCAUAGUUAUUAAUAUAUUUUAUAUUCCAAUGAGUCUAAGUUUUGAAUUAGAUAAAUCAAGUUAAAUCUCUACUCUAUUAUUUGAAACUAUUCCUAGUUAUAUUUUUAUUGUAGAAAUUCUACUUAAUUUUAAUACUGCCUAUUAUAGUCAAGGAGUUAUCCAUACUAAUAGAAGUGAUAUAUUUUUCCAUUACAUAUCAAACAAUUUCAUUUGGGAUCUACUAAUAGCAAUACCAUUUAUUUUAGCCUAAUUUGAUAUACCUUAUAUUCAAUUUAUUUUGUUAUUGCGUAUAGCCAGAGUGAGAUCAAUGAUAUAGAAUGUAGAAGAUUUGUUAAAUGCAAAAGAAGAAGUUUAGGCUGUGAUUGAAUUAGGAAAACUAGUUUAUUUUUUAGUUUUAGUUGCUCAUAUGUGUAGUUGUGGUUGGCAUCUUUUGGGUAGAAUUGAAUAUGAAGUAUAUCAAGAUGAAAACAGUUGGCUAAUCUAUUAUGGCCAUUAUCAUUAAUAAUGGUAUGAUAGAUACAUAGUAUCCUUGUAUUGGAGUGUUAUAACAACUUUGACAGUGGGUUAUGGAGAUAUUGUACCUUAAACUUCUAUAGAAAGACUUUAUGUAGUUGUAGUUGCUAUGGUUUUGUGUGGAGUGUUUGGUUAUAUUAUUUCUAUGAUUGGGGAAAUAUUAAAAACAUUAUAAGAGAAGAAAGCUUUAUUAAAAAAAUCAAUGAAAAAAGUCAAUUAAUAUAUUAAAUAGAAACAAUUAAAUUUAUAAUUAUCCCUCAAAGUUAGAAAAUAUUUUGAAUUUAAACAUCAAAUAGAUGAAUAAUUAUAAGAUUAGGAUGAUUCUGUUUUAAAUAAAUUAAAUGGUUCAUUAAAAUAAGAAGUAUUAAUUGAUAUUUAUAAACCAAUUUUAAUGAAAUCAAAAUUCUUGAAAGAGAAUAUUCCAGAAAAUCUAAUAAAUAAUUUAUGUUAAAAAAUAAAAUAAGCUACUUUUGCUCCAGGUUAUGAAAUUGCUAAUGUAUAUGAUCCAGCUACAAAAUUAAUAUUUAUUUUAGAUGGUUAAGUUAAUAGUUAUUUUAUUUCAAAAGGAUUUGAUGCUCUUUAAAAGAAUGAAAAAGAGAUCAAUUCUGCAAUGAUGUAAAGAAAUUAUUAAAGAGGAGAUAUAAUAGGAGAAUUAGAAUUUAUUAUUAAUUCAUCAUAUUAAUUUUAUUUUAAAGCUUAGACCUUUAUAUCUAUAGUUUAUAUUGAAAGAAAUGAUUUUUUAUAAGUAAUUUAAGAAGAUGAAGAAUGUAGAUAAAAAUUUCAUUAAUUGAGAGAAAAAUUAACAUAUUAAAAAACUUAUGGUAGAACUUGUGAUGUUUGCAAAUGGACUCAUAGAUAUAAAGAUUGUCCUUUUGUAUUCUAUUAAACUAAUAUUUAUAAAAUAGCAAGAAAUGCAAAUACAAGUUAAAAUUAAUCAAGGCUUUAAUUUGAUAGAUAAAGAGAAAAUAAAAGAAAAUCAAAUUUAUCUGAUCAUCAGAAUAUGUUAAAUUAAGGUAUUGAUUUUAUUAUUAAUUUUGGAUAUUUAAAUGAAGAGUAAAUAUAUUAAAAAAUAUUUUAGUUAAUUAAAUGAAUCAUAUCUCAUUAAGCUUGGCUUUGAUAUUUAAGGAUAAUUUCAUGAAAAAUCUAAUUUAUCAUAAGAUAGUUAAUCUUAAGAUUCCCAUUAACAAGAUAAUCAUUCCAUUGCCCAGAAGAAAGGAUCUUCUCAAAUUGAAAAAAUGAGAACAAGUUUUAUGAAUUAGAAAUUUAAAACUGGAUUAGGCUAAAAUGCUAAUUUUAUAAGAAAUUAAAAUUCAGAUGAUGAUUCAAAUCCAACAAUAUAGAAUCCUUAUGCUUAAUACUAAAGAAAUACUGAAAAUGAAGUUGAAUAAAGAGAACAUUCUUAUUCUAAUGCAACAUUUAAUUAAUAUAAUCUCACUAAUAAUACAAUUAAACAAGGUUCAAGUCCUUUUACUUAAAAUAAUUUAAGAACUUCAGUUGUACAUCAAUUAGUAAGAACAGAAACCAUUAUGCCUUAAAAGGGUAUUAUAAAUUAAUAAUAACAUACUCAUCCUUCUGUGAAAAUAGCCAAUGGUAAUUAUUAUGUAGAGAAUGAUAAUGAUAAGAACCAAUAAUUAGGUUAAUAAUAAACAAAUGGAACGAUAUUAUUUAUCCCAGAAAUAGAUAUAGAUAGAAUGAAAAAUUAUGAUUUUUACUUUCCCCAAUUUAAUGUGAUUAAUGUUUUAGAGAAUUUGAAGAAAUAUUGUCACAAUUAAUUUAAUGAAAACAAAAAGAGAAAUAUUAAAGAAAAACUUAGGUCUAUUAGAUUGAACAAAUCUAUCAAUAAGUGCUUUAAUUCAUCAUUCAAAAAUAUAGAUGAAAGUAUCUGA